CCGACGUGUGCUGGUAACAAAAGGGUUUGAAAAAAAAAAAAGAAAAUUUUUCCCCUAAUGAAUUGAACUGCUCUAGGAGUCUGGUUGUACUGGACGACGCCGACGGUUGUAAGCCGCUACCGCACCCAAAACCGAAAUAAAGGACACAACGAAGAGGUUUUGUGUAAUGCCCAGAGAGAAACCUAAGCGCAACAAUAACGAUGUUUAAGAAUCUAUUACGACUAUUUACUUCCACUACUAAUACUUCUUCUUCUUCUUCUUCUUCUUCAUUUUCUUUCAGAAGCCUCUCUUACUUUACGACCGCUCUUCCACUUGAACUCUCUUCCCUUCUCAACCCUUCUUCUUCUCUGAUACCUUUGAUUGGUUGUUCCUGCAAACCUACUUCCGUAAUUUCUUCUUCUGCCACUCUUCGCUUUCUGAGAACCACUUCUUUCCAGAGUAUUAAGGAUACCAAUCAUGACCCUUUUCCAGGCGAAGCAAACAAAGAGAGCGACCCCAGGGAUGAAUUGGAGUCAUGGGAAGAGGGUUCUGCUACAGAUGAAGAAUGGGAAGAUGAGGAUGUGACUGAGCCUAAGGUUGGAGAUGGAGGAGAUGGUGGAGGAGUUGUAUUCCAUGAUGUGCCUUGGGGUGAGCGGGUUCUCUCCAUUGCCAAUGAGGUCUUGUCACAAUUCGGUGAUGGCAUGAAACUAUAUGCUUUCAAGACCACUCCUCGUGGAUAUAUAUACGUGAGGCUGGAUAAACUGUCGAGCCAAUAUGAAUGUCCCAGCAUGGAGGAGCUUGAAGGCUACAGUCAGGAAUAUAAGAAGAGAUUAGACGAAGUUGGAGAAAGUGGACAAAUACCUAAUGACUUAGCUCUUGAGGUAUCAUCUCCUGGUGCAGAGAGAUUAUUAAAGGUGCCGGAUGAUCUUGAUCGGUUCAAGGACAUGCCAAUGCAAGUCUGCUACAUAGUGGAGGAAGAGUCUAAUUGCUCAGAAAAAAAUGGUACAUUUUUGCUGGAGUCCCUUGACACGGAGACUUGCAUAUGGAAGUUGGCUGAUGUUAAGGAAAAUAGAGACCCUCUUAGCAGAGGUCGACCUUUAAAUCGUAAACAGAAGGAUUGGAGAUUGAAAUUGCCAUUUGGGAUGCAUAAAAGCGUAUCUUUGUACAUUGAGUACUGAAAUUUGAACUAUACUAUGUCUUAUAGAAAUUACAAAGCUAGAUUUCUUUUGUUGUAGCUGUAGGAAGUAAAAAAGGUUAGAUGCAAAAUGCAGAUUUUGCUCUGCUGCAUUUGGUCUCCUACAUUUUGUAUCUAAGCUGAUAAAACUAUCCUUUCGAGGACCUAUUUCAAUUCAAUGGAUUUGCAGAAACUCAUACCAUGUUUAAGGCUUAGUCCUUAUUUUAAUGGAUAUUCUAUUAUGUUAUUCUA